AUGAGACCAUUCACUUCCCUUUCUGUUUUCUGCCUGGUCACCGGCGUGAGGUGUUUGUCUUAUGAGACUGCAUCGACAAUCCCAUGGACGCCGAAGGCGCCCUCAAGCGUUGAUCAGAGCACGGUGUACAACGGCACAUACUACCUCGCAGAUCGGACCAACAACAUGGUUCAUGUCGUCGACCUGUCCACGAGCCAAAACAAGCCACCUAUAUCAGGUUUCAAGGGGCAGGCUUACACGAAGAACAAAACCGACUCCUCGAUAAGUGGACCGGAUGGACUUAUCGUCUUGCCAAACCUCAAUGAACUGUAUGUUGGUGACGGCGAUGGCUCGGUGAAGGUCAUCGAUCUCUUCACGAGCCACAUUGUUGCAAACAUAUCUACUGGCUCAAAGAAGCGCGCAGAUGAGUUUGCAUACGACCCACAAACCCAAACUGUGGUCGUCACGAACCCCAACGAUGAUCCCCCUUUCGUUACCAUCAUAUCGGCAGCAAAGCGCGAAGUGGUUGGUCGCAUUCUGUUUCAAAAUGCCUCGGGACUAGAGCAGCCAGCGUAUAAUGCUGUCAAUGGGAUGUUCUAUGUUUCUGUCCCGAGUACGGGCACCAACCCUGGCGGGGAAAUUGCCGAAAUCAAUGUUUCAAGCAAGAGCAUUUCCAAAAUCAUCCCGUUGUCAGAGUGUAUUCCGGCGGGGAUUGCUUUCGGACCAAUGCAGAAUCUUUUUGUCGGCUGCAGUCAGGAUCAGAUUCUCGACUACGGAAUGGCCCGCAGCCAAGUUCUCGACAUUGCCACGGGGAAAGUUAUUGCAAAUAUUUCCGGCAUUGCUGGAAUCGAUCAGGUGGCAUAUAAUCCAACAAAGAAGUUGUAUUACGCCUCGGCGUAUCAGAACCUUGCUGGCGGAAACAAGUUAGGCAAACCCAACCCUCAACUCGCUGUGAUUGAUGCGACAAACAAUACUUUGAUCCAAACUUGGGCUACGGAUAAUACCACGGCUCAUUCAGUGGCAGUUGAUGUGCAAAACAACCUGGUAGCUGUACCACUUCAGAAGGAGGGGAUUGUUGUUUACAAUCUGACAAUGGCGAGUUCGGGAACCCCGAAUGCAACGACCACUGCGAAAGCCACCUCAACUGCGAAAUCAAGUGGUGGACAUUCUUAUAAGCCCAACAUGUAUAUCGCUGGUGUUCUAGGUUUUUUGUAUCUAUUCCAAUAG